GCUCUUGACUUCAUCACCAAAACUAUUCAAUAAAAAACUAGAGAGAUUACUCCCUCUCCUCCUCCCUCUUAGGUUGUGAGCCUGGUAACUGUACCGCGUCGAACUCCCAAAAUGACCAAGGUAUACCCUAACAUCGGCGCCACAGUCGUCGCUGCUGAGCAGACGACGCUCAAGUCAUAUGCUAAAUUAGAGGCAUCUGAUGCUGUUGUGUUAACUGUGUGGAAGAAGUCUUUGCUUUUCAACUGCAACGGCUUUACUGUGUUCGAUGCCAAAGGGAACCUCGUUUUUAGAGUUGAUAAUUACAUGGCAGGCUCCCGUAGUAAUGGAGAGAUCGUUCUCAUGGACGGCGGCGGCAAGCCUCUCUUCACCAUCCGCCGCAAGAGGCUGAGCCUGGCGGAUAACUGGCUGGUAUACGACGGAGAAACGGUGGUGAAUCCACUGUUCUCGGUGAAGAAGCACGUGAACAUCCUUAAUAAAAAGUGUUUGGCUCACGUGAGCUCAGGCAGUUGCAGAACUAGUAGCAAUGGAAAGAACGUCGUGUACGAAAUAGAGGGAUCGUACGCCCAAAGGAGCUGCGCGGUGUACGAUGAGAACAGGAGGAGGGUGGCGGAGAUCAAACAGAAGGAGGCAGUGGGUGGUGUGGCUUUUGGAGUCGACGUGUUCCGGCUCAUUAUAGAGCCAAAAAUGGAGACGUCGGUGGCCAUGGCUAUCGUCAUCCUCCUUGAUCAAAUGUUUGGUUCUUCUAGACGCUAACAAAAAUCAAAAUUUCGCUGUCUAUUAGAUACAGAUAUGAAAUAUAUAAGAUCUAGUACAGUAUGAUGGUGAAUAGAUCCUUGCAUUCUUGAGGGUCGCUGUGGGAAUCGAGAAGUUGUAGCAGCAUCUGCUUCGCCACCACCCCCGCAAAGAGACCGUCAAAGGUGCUUUUUACAUGCAAAUCCCCACCCAUUUUUCCUUUUCUUUUUUUUUUUUCUGUUUUUGUAUUUGGAGCUUGGUUUUUUCCUUUUAAAUAAAAAACCAAGUUCCAAGUGGGGAUGUAUAAAUAUUUUAGUAUAUUUUACCAUUGAGGUGUAUAUAUGUUUGUAAACAGCGUGAUUGUAUUAAUGAACUAUCUCCUUAUUCUA